AUGAAUGCCAGUGCAGAGUACAGCGAUGACUCUGCUUUGGAAGAUCUCGUGGACUUGAUCACAUAUGAAUGCAAGAUCACUGGCAAAAAGUCAAAUGCGAUCGCUCCGCUAGAUGAUGCUGCCUCUUCUAUCUCAACUUGCAGCCCGAGCAGCCCGGAGCUGCACGCUGCGAGUGACGAUGCCAAAGAUGCCAGACCGCAGGAUGCCCACGGUAGAACCCCCAAACCUGACUCCCUGGACGUGUUCAUGUUUACUUUCCAUGUUCGCCGCAGCCUUGCCAUGUUUGCUGUUGUAUCUGAGGUUUCAGUUCGUGAUGACAGCAACUGGGCCGAGCUGGCAGCUGACUUCCUGCAAGCUCAAACACUAGAGCAAAAGGAGUACAUUGUUUCUUGUCUACAUGGUAUUACCGCCAGCUACCUUACCAUGAGAACAACACGGCCUACCGCUGGGACUGUGCUUCAGCACUGCAAGCAAAGAAUCAACAGGUUCCUGCAUUCGAUUGGUACUGGGCUUUGUGUUUUCAAAAUCGGAUACACCAGCAACCCACUUAUCCGUUUCCAAUCAUAUGCGGUUGCGAACUUCUCAGCGAUGGAGCUUCUUCAUGUGACAGACACCAAAGGUGCUGCAGGAAUGACAAGCCAGGUGGGGAAGGACCUGGCCAUGUACAGGCUAGUCACAUGCAAGGAAGUCGUGCUCCACGCGAAGUCUUCAAGCUCAAAGGACCCCGGAGUCAAGGCCCUGGCAAGGCUGAGCUUGGGCCACACGGAGGAGGGAGUGCACCGAGUUUUUGCGAAGCAGGGCCUUAGCCUGCCUGUGAAGAUUUCCUACGCCGACUUCGAAAAAUGCCCGAAGAUACCUUACAUAAAACUGUCUGACUGGAUACUGUAUUUAUCCUCGGCCUCGCGCUUGCACUUCCUAACUGGGGUGAAAGAUCCUCUGCAACGACACGCACUUUGCAAAGAGUUCUGGGCGAGGUGGCGGCUAGGCCACCCAAAUCAUCCCAUUUUCGCGAGCGGGCAGGAUUUGUCACGCUGCGUGCCAAUAUUGCAUCAUGGGGAUGAAGGCAGGACGUAUCGCCGCUUGGCGAUCAUGGUGCUGAGCACGCACGGGGUCCUUGGCAAGGGGACCCAUCACCACCAUCCCCCCACAGGUGUUCCACCUGCUCAGGACGAAAUGAGGAUGAAUUUCGUGGGCGCCACGAUCCUGAGCCACUACAUCUUCGCAGCCAUGCCACAUGGGCUCUACAAACAGGCUCCAGAUGUUUUGGAUCGGAUGCUGGCCAUCUACAGCGAGGACAUCCGCAGCCUGAGCGAGGACGGAGUUACUACGACGAACGAUGGCCACUUGUUCUUUUGGUGCAUAGGAAUCAAAGGCGACCUACCGUAUUUGGCCAAGACAGGUCACAUGGACCGCUCAUUCGGGCGAGGCCCGAAGCAAAGUUCCAGCAAAAAGCCCUGCGCAGGCGUCUGUUGGAAAUGCGACGCAGGACGAGAGGACCUUCCAUUCCCAUGCCCGUUCGAAGAUUGUACACUUGACGCCACCUGGCGACAGACAGUUGGCCGCAACCCCGGAUGGACGGUUCCCUCGCCAUUGCUGGCCAUACCGCAUGAUGCCACCGACCCCACUAGCUUUUUUGUUGAAGACUUGUGGCAUUGUUGGCACUUGGGAUGUGGAAAAUCCUUUAUUUCCUCCGUGAUUGUUGUGGUUGUCACCACAAUGAACGGGCCUUCCAUUCCAUACAAGCUCACGAAGCUCACAGCUGAUUUCCGUGCCUACUGCAAAAGAAAGAAGAUCUACUGCAGCAUCUCCGCCAUCACGCAGGAUCUGCUGGCUUGGGACUCAACUGCGGCGAUGCCGCAAGGCUCCUGGCACAAAGGAGCAGUGACAACCUGUUUGAUGACCUGGAUGCAAGAUUUCCUUGCCCGAGACCCGGAGAUGAAAGAGUCCGUCAACGUGCUCCUGCCUGUCAUUGUUCCCACGCUCGAAAUGGGCAACAGAUUCAUGGGCACCCUCUACAAGAAAGGCGUCUGGAUUCGCAAGACCACGGCCAGAGCUGUGGCCGAAAUGGGCUACGCCUUUCUGCAAGGGCACAUGUUGCUGGCUCGCAUGUGUUUCAACGUGGGCCUUCAAAGAUUCAUUAUCCUGCCGAAGCAGCACAUGAUUUGCCACACGGUGUUCUGGAUGUUCGACCAAGCCGACAUCCCGCACUGUCAGUGGGUUCUUAACCCCUUAGUUUUUAGCGUUCAGAUGCAAGAAGAUUUCAUAGGAAAGCCAUCCAGGCUUUCCCGUCGGGUUUGCCCCAAGCUUGCCAUGCAUUCAUUGCGCACGAUCCAACGUGCACUUCUGAACAUGGCAUCAGAAUUUGAUGCAGCGGAACAGGCCAGCUAG